AUGAUAAUAUACGAGAAUCCUCGACAAAUGGCACUUUCGGAAUCACAAAUACUCGACACAGCCCAGCACUUUUUGAUGUGUGGCAUCGAAGACUGUGGGAAGAACUGUCUGUUUUACUGCAAUCCUUGUCACCAACCUAUGUGUGAAAAAUGCAGGGACGAACAUCAGAGGAGUCCAGAAACCAAGAACCAUGAAUUGGUCCCUUACCGGCACCGCAAAGAUCAACUUCCUGUAGAGAAGUGCAGAGAUCAUCCCACUAAGGAUCUAGACAUUCUCUGUGACCAAUGCAGUGUGCCUUUAUGCUCCAAGUGUUCUACAAUGCCUGUCCACAAGGGACAUUUCUUUACCGACUUGGAGACCAUAUAUACAGAAAAUUCUGCAGCAUGUCGUCAAGAAAUCCAAAAUAUUAAAGCUUACUUCAUCCCCAUGGCAAACGAUUUGCAAAAUGAAAUAAAACUAGAUGCCACAAAUAUAAAGACAAUCAUGGGUGGCAUAAGAUCAUCAAUGAUGGAUGAAGCCAAGUCUCUCAAAACACUGGUGGACGAAGUUACAUCAGAUAAUAUAGAACAAGUCAACAAAAUGGAAGAUUCACUAAAGGAGAUGCUUGAGAGUCAAGACAUAAUAUACGAAGAUUACAUAUCUUACCUUAAAGACCUUGUUAAUCAGUUCUAUGGAUACCUGUCCUCUACUCAGUUUCAAAAUAAUGCCAUCAUUUUCCCACUUUCUGAAUACUUUAAAAUCCGACCCAUACCAGAGACCACCAAACCAGUCCCUCCAGUAUUUACAGCUGGUCGAUACAGCAAGGAGAUGGUUACCAAACUACUGGGCAAAAUAACAGUUUCUAAGACUGAACCAGAAAACAGAAAAGUAAAAGCCAUGGAGACUGCUUCUAAACACUUGAAACAUACAAGGCUACAGGGAAGAGAGAAAUAUGGCGUGAAACAAAGACUGUCUUCCUCUGUCACCAAGGUUAGGGAGUACACAGUACCAGGUGCUGACAGUGUACACCAUAUAUCACAAGGCAAAUCAAGCUCACUCUGGGUCAGUGAUAAUGGUAGUCACAUUGUCCACACAGAUCUACAGGGCAAUCAGCUACAAAAGAUAAAAACCAGUGGUGUAAGAUAUGUAGGGAACCUAACAGUCACACAGGACGGCGAUCUUAUCUAUGCAGACAUACAAAACAAAGUCAUCAAUAGGAUAACACCGGAUAAAACCAUCACUGAAUUCAUUAAAACGGGAGACUGGACGCCACUCAGCAUACACUCCUCCCACAUCAAUGGGGACAUUCUGGUGGGGAUGAUAAAGGAAGGAAAAGGUAAAGUCACCAGAUACAACAAGACAGGGAAAGAAAUACAAAACAUAGAGAGGGACAACAAAGGACAGGAACUGUAUAGUUAUCCACACUACAUCACAGAAAACAUUAAUGGUGAUAUCUGUACAUCCGAUUCAAUCAAACAGGCUGUAGUGGUGGUGAAUAAAUCAGGACAACACAGGUUCUCCUACACAGGUCAGGGGUCAGUGUUUUUUCCCCGGGGAGUGUGUACUGAUCGCCGGGGUCAGAUACUGGUGUGUGAUAUUAACAGUAACACAGUUCAUCUUUUGGACCAGGACGGUCAGUUCUUGUGUCUCCUUCUCAAACAACAACAAGGAGCAUGGUCUCCAUGUAGUGUAUGUGUGGAUGGCGAGAAUAAUCUUAUUGUGGGACAACGGGAAACUAACACACUGCCAGUGUACAAGUAUCUACAGUGAUGAUGCAAUGUUACAAUAAAAAAUGUCUCUUAACUAACAUGAUUAUCAAACUAUAAGCAACGCAUUACUUUUUUCCACCAAACCUUCUAAAAAUUAAAGCAGACAUUAUUGACCACAUUUGAGAAAUAGAUUGACAAUAAAAAAAAGAUAUGUGUAACUGUCUCUGGUUCAAAAGAACCUACUGAACAUAGUGGGGGAAUUUUAAUUCUCUAGUUAAACUACAUCAAUCUUGAAUCUUUUGUAGCAGAUCUAUGGUUAAAAUGAACUGUUUCCAUUUAAAAUAUAAAUGUAAAUCAAAACCGUUAGCCCAUAUGUUUUGACCAAUCUGAAUCUACAAAUAGGUCUGUGCUGUGAUUUUGCCAUAAGGGAUCUUUAAUGAUCCGCCCUCCUUUUUUACACAUGCAAAGUAUUUUAACAGAUUCAGAUUGGUAUGGCUUGAUUAUUAAUUCAGGUUUUAAAUAUCAACUAUUUUUAAGUGAAGAAAAAAUCCAUAAAUUUUACAUUUAAAAUUUGGGUAUUUUCCUAUAUCUUUAAAGAGCUUUUCUAUUAUAUAGAUAUCUCAAAACAGUCUAAAUAUGACCACGGCCAUCGAGCUCUCUUACGCUUUAUGACUCUACUAUCAGUUUUUGUAUUAAAACACUUACAUUACAAUAAACAUUGGCGAUGUUUACCUUUUUAUUUAAAAAGAAACAAAAAGCCCUGGGGACACAUUG